ACUGCAUGACGUCAUUUAUCCUGCAAACUUGAGAUACAACAAAACUGAAAGGGGUUAUUUUCCCUCCUUUAAAAAUUACGGGAUUAAGCCAAAUAUUUCCCUAAAAGUGAUUUUUAAAGUUCUUCGAUGAGUAAUUAAAAAAAAAACUAAACAUAACUUAACUGGAUCAAUAUGACAACUUUCUAAAACAAAUUUGAAGAAAAUAAAAUCACGACGCACUCCGCAAUUAUGGAGGAACUUGAAGGUACAGAUGGACGCUGCUGUGCAGGUUGCAGACGAACAAUCCAAGAUGCUGUAUAUGUGACGGUUCUUCAAGGAACUUGGCACAAUUCCUGUUUUAAGUGUUCGGAGUGCUGUGACCGUCUGACCAACUGGUACUAUGAGAAGGAUGGUCAGCUAUACUGCCGUAAACACUACUGGGAGAAGUUUGGAGAGCUGUGUCAUGGCUGCUCUCUGCUCAUGACUGGACCUGCCAUGGUGGCUGGAGAAUACAAGUAUCAUCCAGAGUGCUUUGUGUGUCUGAGCUGCAAGGUGGUCAUUGAGGACCGCGACACAUAUGCCUUGGUGGAGCGCUCCAAACUGUACUGUGGGAAGUGCUACAAGCAGGUCGUUCUGGCACCCAUGUUGGAGAUGCGUUCGGCUGAUUCGGCUCUGGACUCCCUGCCUCACACGGUCACCCUCAUCUCCAUGCCCUCCGCAACAAACAGCAAGAGGGGCUUCUCUGUCUCUGUCGUAGGGGACGUGGCCAGCAGUUCAGCCAGCGUGCAGGUCAAAGAGGUCAGAGGGAUGCAUAUUAGCCCAGAAGUUCGGAAUGCCAUCCAUGUUGGUGACAGGAUCCUGGAGAUCAAUGGUCUUCCAGUUGGGACCUUGAUGGAGGAAGAGGUGGAGGAACUCAUCCAUCGGACCAGUCAGACGCUGCAGCUGCUCAUAGAGUACGAUCCAGUCAGGCAGCGGUUGGACAAGCUCAGACUGGGGUCCUCGCACAACCGCUUGGGGGUCCCCGCCACCUCCCGCAUGCGCCUGUCUUCGCCCUCCGACAGUGUCCUGGAGCGGACAGACGUGGUGGAUGAUUGCAGCCUAAAGAGGAGGUCUCUGAGACGUAGCAACAGCAUCUGUAAGUCCCCUGGUCCAGACUCUCCCAAGGAGCACCCUUUCCUGAGCCGGGACAUUGGACGGUCUGAAUCCCUGCGCUCAUCCAGCAGUUGCUCCCAUCGCAUCUUCCGUCCCUGUGACCUCAUCCAUGGAGAGGUGCUGGGCAAGGGCUUCUUUGGUCAGGCUAUCAAGGUGACCCAUAAAGCCACUGGGGAGGUGAUGGUGAUGAAGGAGCUGAUUCGCUGUGAUGAGGAAACACAAAAGACCUUUCUGAAGGAGGUCAAAGUGAUGAGAAGUCUGGAACAUCCCCAUGUGUUAAAGUUUAUCGGUGUGCUAUACAAGGACAAGAGGCUGAAUUUAAUAACAGAGUUUAUUGAGGGAGGAACACUGAAGGAUUUCAUUAGAGACAUGGACCAGUUUCCAUGGGAGCAGAGGGUCAGCUUUGCUAAAGGCAUCGCUUCUGGAAUGGCCUACUUGCAUUCAAUGAGCAUUAUCCACAGAGAUCUAAACUCUCACAACUGCCUGGUAAAACUGGACAACACAGUGGUAGUGGCAGACUUUGGGUUAUCCCGGCUUAUGGUGGAGGAGAAGGUCAAGCCCCCUCCCCCUGAGAAACUGACAAAUAAGAAGAGGGUGUUCAGGCGCAUUGACCGUAAGAAGCGCUACACAGUGGUGGGAAACCCCUACUGGAUGGCUCCAGAGAUGCUGAACGGUAAACGAUAUGAUGAGAAGGUGGACAUUUUCUCCUUUGGUAUUGUUCUUUGUGAGAUUAUUGGGCAGGUGAAUGCAGACCCUGAGUGCCUUCCCAGGACCUAUGACUUUGGCCUGAAUGUUGCCAAGUUCAUAGAGAAGUUUCUCCCUGACGACUGUCCACCAGCUUUCUUCCCAUUGGCAGUGGCUUGUUGUGACCUCAUCCCUGAAAACCGGCCGGCCUUCCAGAAGCUGGAGGACUGUUUUGCAGCCCUGGCCCUCAGCCAGGAGAUGGGCAUCCCGCUGCCAGCCGAGCUGGAAGAGCUGCACCAGAGACUGUGUCGACUCCACCCCCCCACGUCAGCCCCGGCACCAGCCCCCUGCCCAGUCCCUACACCAGCCUCAGUUCCAGAUCCAACGCCAGCCCUUCCAGGAGAGCACAACCUGGCAGACAAUGGCACCUAGCACAAUCACCUGCUCCUCUAAAUCUCCCAGACCACUCUCCGGUUAUCUUACUGGGCUGGUGCUGCAUUAACACAGCUGGUGGAGAGGGGAAGGCAGACCUAACGACCGGAGCUAGCUGGUCCGAGCUCCGCUCUCUGUGUGCAAGGUUCUUAUGGUCUGCAGUGGAGGUGUGAGUGACCCUACAACUGUGUACCAGAGAGCUGAAAUGCAGUGUUUGAAGACAAGGGAGGAGCAACAUUUCAAUAAGGAGGCGUUUUGGCAUUUAUAUUGAUCUCUUCUUUUUUACCCCCAUAUAAGCACAUGCUGUGUUUUCCACAUCGAUCUACUACCAGAACCUGCUGUGUGGCACCCUGUGGAUCAGUUCUGUCUCUUGAAAAGGAUUAAUCAUAUUAAGUGUGACAGCAUUUCCUAUUAAUCCUCAUGUGAACGCUGUUGUUGUUUUCAUCUCAUCAGCCGGGGUCUGAAGUUGGGUGUUUGAUAUAUGUGGAGAUGAGACUCAGCCCAAGAGAAGACUCUCUGCCAGCACAUUGCAGAAGGAAAAAGGACGUUACAGACUGAUGUCUGAGAGUUAGCCCAGGACAAGGGGGUUUGGAGUGAAGUAUGACCAGUCUCUGAAGAGGCCGUUUAAGCGUAAUUGUCAUUUGGAGCGGUUGACGUGAGUUCAUUCACUGAGGGUGGUUUUAACAUGUAGCACAACUUCAUAAACUGACUGGUACCUUUUUAUGCGCUCCAAAAUCUCAGCUGCUGAUUGACAAUUUGAACCAGAACUCGAUUGAGCUCUUGGAGACAUCUGACCACUUACUGAAAAGUGAAUUGCAUAAUUAAAACUGGAUUUCUUUUUUUUUUUUGGGCUGUAAGAGAUGUAUAGAAAUGUAUAUAUCAGCCUAUAUCAGCAGUUUCUUACGGGAAUCAAGGGUUUGUAGAUUUUAUGACAUUUUGUAGAAUAUAAAAGCUAAAGGUUUUGUUAGCAUAAUCUUUUGAAGGUACUGACUUGUAUAAAUUGUAACCACUGUCAUUUAUAUUACCAUAAUGUUUAAC